UGUCACAUUCUAUUGUACGAUAUGUUUACUUCCGUCAAUAUUUCCAGAGCAAAGCUGCGUUUCUCAAUUCAACAACCUAAUCGCUCUCUAACGAUUUAUUUUAACCGUGGCAAUACAACAAUACACACACAGGUUCAGUAACUAACUAGCAGCUAGCUACACAAACAUCUCCUUGCACAUUCCCCGGGUGAAGGAUGCCUUUCUUGGGCCAGGACUGGAGGUCGCCAGGAUGGAGCUGGAUCAAGACCGAGGAUGGCUGGAAGAGGAUCGAGUUCUAUGGAAAUGAAUUGAGGGACAACAACAACGGAAUAGACUUGGAAGAGCUCUGCGAUGAAAACAAAGAGAAUCUGUUUACUGGAAAUGUGUGCGAGGUAGUUGCCAAAAAGAGGAAAAAAGACUUCUACAAUAACAACACCAAAUCACAGUUUGUUUACCAGGAGAAGUGGAUCUAUGUUCAGAAGGAGAGCACAAGAGAGAGACAUGGAUACUGCACUCUAGGGGAAGCCUUCAACCGUCUAGAUUUUUCCAGUGCCACUCAGGACAUCCAGAGAUUUACCUAUGUGGCAAAACUCCUCCAGCUCAUAGCCAGGUCUCAGCUGCCGUCCCUCAGUGGAGCAGCUCAGAAGAACUACUUCAACGUGCUGGAGAAGAUCGUACGGAAGGUUCUGGAGGACCAUCAUAACCCUCGCCUUAUCAAGGAGCUGCUGCAGGACCUGAGCUCCACCCUGUGCAUCCUGACCCGAGGCAUGGGCAAGUCUGUCCUGGUGGGCAACAUCAACAUCUGGGUCUGCAGGCUGGAGACCAUCCUCAACUGGCAGCUGCAGCUCAACAACCUGCAGAUACCCAAGCAAAUGUCCAAUGGGAUGACGCUGCGUGACCUGCCGCUAGACAUGCAGAACAACAUCCUGUACAAGUUCUCCGACGCCUGUGACAUCAUCAACCUGGGACAGGCCACGCCCACUCUUCACAUGCUCAGUGAGGACCGGCACCUGUGGAAGAAGCUGUGCCAGUUUCACUUUGCAGAGAAACAGUUCUGCAGGCAUCUGAUCUUGUCAGAGAGGGGCCAUGUGGACUGGAAGGUCAUGUACUACACCCUACAGAAAUACUACCCCAAGAGAGAGCAGUACGGAGACACACUGCACUUCUGCAGACACUGUAGCAUCCUCUUCUGGAAGGAAUCUGGACAUCCUUGUACAGCCAACGAUCCCAACAACUGCCUCGUGCCUGUUUCACCUCAGCACUUCAUAGACCUCUUCAAAUUCUAGACCUCCUUUUGAUACUCCAGACCAGGAGAGGGGUGACUUACCCCCUCCUCGCCUUGCCUCUCCUCUCCGUAUAUAGUGUGUGUAAAAACAAAGGGCUCAGAGGAGGAAGACAUUUUGUUGUUUCAUAUUUUUCUGCAUAUUUUUGACUCUGACUGAAAACAACAGAGAGGAGAUAUGUUUUUGUGUGUGAGGCAUGGAUGGCAUUAAAGAGAACUGCAGAGCUCAUUAUUGACACCUUGUUGGGAAAUAACAACUGAUUAUUCCAUGUGAUGGCUUGGUGGCCAUUUUGCCUACCGUUUUUUUUUUCCUUCUUGGUAACAGAAUGUAUGUCCAAUGUAGAUGUAGGUCUCUGUUUAUGUACAGUAUAUCUCCUCCUGUGUAUUUUCGCCCUGCAUAUUUGAGGCGUCAACACUAAAAAUAAAUGUACAUGUUUGCUGUAACAAUUACUUU